UUGGUGCUGGUCCAUGGGUGUGAGUCGACUGGAUGUAUUUUACAGAAGGCUGCUCCUCACCAAACUCUUUAUUGGGGGUUGGGGAAAGCCUGAAGACCUCAAAAGGAUCUUUGAGUUCCGUAAGGUCAUUGCAGACAGAGAGAGGUGUAAAUCUCUGGUGCCCAAGGACUAUCCCGUGUACAUAAACAAGACAGAGGAGCAUACAGAUUGCUACAUCCAUGACGGUGUCUUCAUUUCUCCACUCGAGCACUUGGUUCCUGGAAUUCUGCCUCCGGAGGCUGUAAAAGCAAGGUUCCAGUUUGUAGUUCCAAAGAAAUGGCAAUGCAACAGACCAGUAUGUAUUCACUUGGCUGGCACGGGAGACCAUUUUUUCUGGCGUCGAAGGACCCUAAUGGCCAGACCCAUGGUCAAAGAGGCAGGAAUGGCUUCCCUGCUUCUGGAGAACCCUUAUUAUGGCUAUCGUAAACCAAAAGACCAGAAGCGAUCCUGUCUAAAAAAUGUCUCAGACCUGUUUGUGAUGGGAGGAGCUCUGAUCUUGGAGUCGUCUGUGCUUCUUCAUUGGCUGGAAAGUGAGGGUUACUCCCCCCUUGGAAUGACGGGCAUCUCCAUGGGAGGAUACAUGUCAUCUUUAGCAGUGACUAACUGGCCAAAGCCUAUCCCUCUCAUUCCCUGCCUGUCCUGGUCCACUGCCUCCAGUGUCUUCACAACGGGUGUGCUGAGUAAAGCAGUCAAUUGGAUGGAGCUAGAGAAGCAAUAUGCUGUCAAUUCUGUAUAUGAAGAAGAAAUCAUCAAGCUGUUGGAGUAUUGUGGGGCUGACUCCUUCAAGAUGGCAGAGGAAUUUGUGAGAGAGUCUUCAGUGGAUUCUUUGGAGCAUCUUCUGCAACUGCCAAGAGAAAACAGAGGGUCAGUAGGUCGCCACUCCAGAACAGGAAGAAAGAUGGAGCGUGGAGCAGGCCUGUGGAUUGGUGGAUGUUGUGAAGACCAAGUAGAGCCUUUCUUAUCAGUGGAAAACACUAAGACACCUUCAGACAUCCCACAAAGUGCUAUUCAAGCAAACAAACUACUUAGUGGGAUAGAAUCCGUCCAAAGCUGUCGACCGUCAUUACACAGGGAGUCCAUCAGCUUCAUGAAGGGAGUGAUGGACGAGUGUACACACAUGGCCAACUUCUCUGUCCCUGUGGACACCAGUCUCAUCAUCGUGGUGCAGGCCACAGAAGACGCCUACAUCCCUCGUACGGGAGUCCUCAGCCUGCCGGAGAUCUGGCCUGGGUGUGAAGUUCGCUUUCUGAAAGGAGGACAUAUCAGUGCUUAUCUCUUUAAACAGAAUGUCUUCAGGCAGGCCAUAUAUGAUGCAUUCAACAGAUUCUGCUGCAAGUAUCCCAACCUGCUGUAACUAUGGCAACAUGAUGCCCUGACCGCCCUGUGACAACGUGUUCAGAAGGAUGUGUGUCUUUGUGUGUGUGUAUUGGAGGGACAUUGUAAUCACGUGACCUUAUGACCAUAUAAGUGUAAUUGGCAUAAUGUAAAUAAUGUAAUUGUUUAUAUAUUUUGUCUUGUAGACGACACUCUUGCAUGUAAUCUUUGUCACGCUACAGUGUUUUUUGCUUUAAACAGACCUUUUUACCAAUUGAAACCAUUUGCCUACACAUUUGUUAUUCUUGAAAACUCUUUAAAUAAAUUAGGGCCCGAGCACCAACGUGUGAAGGCCCU